AUGUACAGCUUCAUGGGUGGCGGCCUCUUCUGUGCCUGGGUGGGGACCAUCCUCCUGGUGGUGGCCACAGCGACAGAUCACUGGAUGCAGUACCGGCUGUCCGGGUCCUUCGCCCACCAGGGCCUGUGGCGGUACUGUCUGGGCAACAAGUGCUACCUGCAGACAGAGAGCAUCGGUAAGGCUCCGGGGCCGGGUCGAGGCCGUGCCUGGGCCCCCCACAGGGCAGAACCUCCCCACCUGUUUUGCAGGUGGAGAACUGUGUGGUUCAGAGAGGGAAAGGGUGCUACCACAGCUUACUGGAAUGCCACCCGGGCCUUCAUGAUCCUGUCGUCCCUGUGCGCCACCUCGGGCAUCAUCAUGGGUAUCCUGGCCUUUGCUCAGCAGCCCGCCUUCACACGCCUCUCCCGGCCCUUCUCCGCGGGCAUCCUGUUUUUCGCCUCCACCUUUUUUGUCCUGUUGGCCUUGGCCAUUUACACUGGAGUCACUGUCAGCUUCCUCGGUCGCCGCUUCGGGGACUGGCGUUUUUCCUGGUCUUACAUCCUGGGCUGGGUGGCCUUGCUCAUGACCUUCUUCGCAGGGAUUUUCUACAUGUGUGCCUACCGGAUGCACGAAUGUCGGCGCCUGUCUGCUCCCCGCUGAGCCCAAUGUACCCCGACUUCAUCUGGAAGUGAAAAUAGGGCCGCUGAAAAAGAGGGGGAGGGUCUAGAGGCUACAAUCCUGGUUCCUUGUGGGCAGGAGGGGGCCCAGUCCUGGACUCUGGGUGGGGGGGCCUCUGAUUUCUGCAUCCCAAGGGGGAAGGAGGAAGAGUGGGGCCUGGUGGGAGGCAGUUGAGAAGACCCGAGGUCCAGCCCAUGAUGGGGGGUGUUAGAGAAAUGGAAUCUCCAUUAGAGCGACUUUUUGAGAGUCUAAUAAAACUGAUGUGAAACGACUGACGUGUGGUUCCUGAGGGGUUGGGGUGGUGACAGGUGUGAGCGGUGGAUGGGGUGGGGGUAAUUGUACUACUGCGGCCUAACCCACUCAGUUUGUGUGGGGACAGGGACAGACAUCAGCCACACAGUCCCCACCCAGGUGUUAACUACCCUUCAACUUCUAGGA